GUGUGUGUAUGUACAUUGUCAGCAAGAAAUAUAAACAAUUGCAAUAAAAUUACUAAAAAACUGAACAAUUUUAAGCAUAAAAGUGUUAAUUGCCUGCUAGUUAAGCUGUCGUAUACACUGAGCAAAAUGAACGCCUACUACACACUGUACUCGGGCGACAACUAUGACGACGAGUCGAUUGGUGAUGAACGCAGCGAAGAAGAUACUGACGACGCUAGCGAAACGGAGUUCCGCAGUCCGCAUCGCUAUGGCGGAACCAACGGCAACUCCAACAACAACAACAUUGGCAGCAACAGCGAGCUCAAAGAACAAAUGUACCAGCACAAGCUAAUUAAUCUGCAGAAGCAGCUGGAGGAGCUGAAUCAGCUGAUACAUCCGGAAUAUAUGAAGCGUGUACGCAAGCUGGACAAUCAGCUAAAGGAGCGUCGACGUCUGAACGAGAUCUACAAGGAUUAUAUGCGCGAAUGCGUCGAGCGCGACUAUAUACUGGAGAAGAAGGCAGCCCAAAAGGAGUUCGACGAGAAGAUGAUGGAUCUCAAGGAUAAUCUAAUAGCUGACUUUGAGGAUCGCAAACGACAGAUCGAGAACGAACGCUACAGCCUGGAGCUGACCAACGAUUCGAUGGAGAUCAAGACAACGGUGACGCGCAAGCUGCGUCGUCGGCCCAACGAACCGCUGCCGGUGAUCGAGAAGCGACGCAAGCCCGCCACCGGCCAGCUGUUGGUCUAUCAGCUGGAUGACAAGGAAAUCGAAUCGGAUCUCAAGAUGAUACAGCGCGGCAAACCGAUGCCGCUGCAACAGAACGGCAUGGGCUCCUACACGAAUACCCAGCAGCAGCAGCAACAGCAGCAGCAGCAGCAGGCACACAACCUGCUGGCCGAGUCGAAUAGCUAUGUGGAGACACGCAUCGAGGACAACAAGCUGCUCUACGAGCGCCGCUGGUUCUGUCGCGGCCAGCAGAUCUAUGUUGAGGGCAAGGACAUGAACAAGUUUGCGGCCACCAUCACAGCCAUUGGCAACGAGGUGAUUUGGGUGAAGCGCUCCAAUGAAAGCAAAUUCAAGAUCAACAUGUCGCAUUUGGCCAAGGGCAAAAUCUGCAUAAAGCGACGAUAGUCCACAUAUAUCCGCAUAUAUAUUUAAAUGAUGUACCAUUUACGCUUUAGCUUAAGUGUACAUUUUAUUUUAAACAAAUUGUAUAUAAUUGAGAAAUUGCUUUUGUUAUCCAUUCAGUCCGUGUGCAGCUGUGCUUCUUGUGAAGCCCCAGCCCCCGAAAUUCUUCCAUUUGUUUACGCUCCGCUCCGCUCCGGUUUCCAAUGGCUGUGCAAAUAUUUGGAAAGGCUUUCGGGCUCGAUUUCGACUUCUGCUGGCAUUUUGUUUAUUGCUUUAUCGAGCAUCGAAUUUCCUGGGAAAACUAAUUGCAUAAAGUUCGCCCUUCUCUCGACAUUCAAAGCUGGUUCUCGUAGCUGCCAUUUGCAAGGGUAUUAAAUCAGCAACAAGGCGUGUUCGCCUUUGCGAGCGUCCACUGUACACGCGAUUCGGCCAGCUCUCAGCGAGAAAAGCGCGCGUAACUCUUUGCAGAAAGAAAAAACAUUUAAAAAAAAGAAAGAGGAGACGAAUAAAAUUCUUGUUUCACUUUGCGCUUGCUUUAUAAUUUGUCGUAUUGCAUUGCUGCAAUCUUUUGCUUCAUAAUACAAAACAUUCACACAAUUUCUGUUUGUUUUUUGUUGUUGUUGGGUUAGUUCCAGAAUGGAACUCGUUUAAAUUUAAGUUGAAUAAAAAAAAACG